GAAGCCAAAAGGGCCAAGAGAACCAUCCAUCUCUCGCCAUUGUUUGCUCGUGCUCUUCCGCCUCGUCGAUGGACAAGGCGGCGAUGCGGAGCCAGCUGAGCGGCGGGGAGUACCAGUACUACUACCAAGGCGCCGGCGGCGCUGGCGGCCUCGUCGUCGACCAGGAGAUAGGCGGCGGCGUGACGGUGGCGGCGCCGUCCGAGGCAGCUGCCGUCGACGGGGUGGUGCUCCUCAUGGAGAUGCUCGAUGACGACGAGGAGGAGGAGAUGGUGGAGGAGGGCUACUACUCGCCGGCGCCGGCGGGGACCAUCGUCGCCGACGCCGACCGGCUGAGCCACGUCAUCCGGUCGCUGGAGGCCGAGAUAGGCGGUGCGGCCGCCGCCUCGCCGGCGGCGAGGAUCGACGUCGUCAGAGACGAGAGCACGGCGGCGAGCUGCGACGACGCCGGCGCAGCGGCGAUGAGGCGGCUGGAGCAUAUGCUCUCGGACGAUCUCGACGACGGCUACGGCGCCGGCGGGCCGUUCGGGUACGGCUGGCCGCCGGAGGUGGCGGCGGUGCACGAGGCGGCCGGCUGGUGCGUGUACGGCGACGAGCAUCUGUACUAUGGAGAUGGCCCCGCUGAUGAGCAAGUAUAUAGCCCACUAUGGCAGCAAUAAAUUAGCUAAUUAAUUAAUAAUAAAUCGAAUAUUUAUUGUAGUGAGUAAAAAGUUGUUUUUUUUCUAGCGAAGAAAUUAACUAAAGUUGUUUGAUGCAUAUAGAGUUAUGCUAUAGAGUAAGGAUGGGAAAUAUGUGUGAAUAUAUGACACAGAUACGUUAGUAUUUCUCUAUAUACUCUGCUUGUUCAGGAUGGUACAAAUACUAUGGAUCGGAUUGCAUUGCAUCACCUGCUGAAAGCUACAGUUAAAGUAUCUUUUUUUUUUUUAACAGGAUUUGUAUGCGUCUUCUCUUUUAAGGGUGCAUCGAGUAAACAUGCGACCCACUCACUCCGCACAUGCACACAUACGUGCGCAUCGAACGUACAUUUUGUUUAGAGACUUGAGGUUUGAGAGCCAUACAAGGGUGACCAA